UGCCCCAAGCCGCCGACAACCACUUCUCCUUUUGCCUAGCGACCACAUCUGGCAUUGGUGCUGCUGCACUUCUCUUUUCUUUUUUCUCUGCGCGUCUCUAUUCCUUCUGGUGUCGCUUUCUUUCACUAUGAGUUGCAGCCAUGUACAAAGAGGAUGAAGUAUCGGCUAUAGUGAUAGAUCAAGGGUCUCACACUUGCAAAGCUGGUUAUGCCAGCGAAGAUGCUCCCAAAGCCGUGUUUCCUUCUGUUGUGGGGUCCAUUGAUCAGAUGGAUGCUGUCGAUGUUGACAACGAAAACAACGAUUUUGAGACUAACAACAGUAAUGUUGAUUCCAACAAACCCAAGGGAAGACGCAGAUUGUGUGUAGGCUCUCAAGCCUUGGGUUUUCGACGCGAUCAUCUGAAAAUGCUGUCUCCCCUAAAGGAUGGGGUUAUUAUUGAUUGGGAUAUUUUUGCCAGCAUAUGGGAUCAUGCUUUCAAGGAGUGUUUACUCAUUGAUCCUAAGGAACAUCCAAUGCUACUUGCGGAGCCAUCUUCCAACACUCAACAGCAGAGGGAGUGGACAGCGUAAUUCAUGUUCGAAUAUUAUGAAGUUCCUGCUUUAUUUUUGGCCAAGAAUAUGGUUCUUACAUCUUUUGCAUCAGGACGUGCUACCUCUGUCGUUGUUGAUAGUGGUGGAGGAUCGACUCAGUUGCCCCAGUACAGGACGGUUAUGUUCUUCAAAAAGCAGUGUCUUCUUCUUCUAUUGGAGGAGAAUGUUUUAUCGAUUGCUUGAUGAAAAGCUUGGAAAGCAAAGAAUCCUACA